AUGGAUGCUAGCUUGACUGAAUUUGAUUUACAAUAUGUCCCAGCCAAAGCUGUGAAAGGUCAGGUCAUUGCAGAUUUUCUUGUUGAUAAUUCGAAUAAUCUGAAUGACCAGGGGGCAAAUGUAAUCGACAUUGAAGUUGAUUAUUGGAAGUUAUAUUUUGAUGGAUCGAAGCAUAAAGAUGGUGCAGGAGUUGGAAUUCUUAUUAUCUCACCAGAGGAGAUUCCAUCAGAAUUCUUGUUUGAAUUAAAAUAUCCUUGCUCGAAUAAUGUGGCAGAGUACAAAGCUUUGAUUUUGGGUCUCAAAAUAUUAAUUAGUAAAGGGGCUUUGGAAGUCCAAAUACUAGGGGAUUCUCAGUUAGUUUUAAAGCAGUUAUCGAAGGAGUUUAAAUGCAAUAAUGAGAAGUUGCAAAAGUAUUUAACAACUGCUUGGGAGUUGUUAACCUCCUUUCAAAAAGUUUCUCUGGUUCACAUCCCAAUGAUUCAUAAUGAAAUUGCUAAUGAAUUAUCCCAAAUUUCUUCGAGAUAUAGAAUCGGUGGUCUAGAAACUCUUAAAAAAUUGGCUAGUGUCCAUCAAAUUUUAGUACAUGCGAAUGAAAAAAAGGCUUUGUGUAUAGAUGAAUAG